AUGAGUCAGCUUCGAGCCACAAAGUCUGGACUGGUCAUGUGCACUGUCAUCUGUGUCUUCAUUUUUAUUUAUUUAAGGAAUCCAAUUCCUGAGGACCCGGAGGAGGAACCCACCUACCCAGCAGUAGUAGAAUGUGGUUUUUACCCAGAUGAACUGUGUUCAGCUUUAUUUGAAGGCAAAGGGGCAGCCCCUCAAAUUGCCAAAUUCUGUAAAAAUCCUCAUCGAUCUGAAAUACUUGCUCGUUUACGCAGCCCAGGAAACUGCUCCAGGAUCUCCCAUGGGCUGCGUUUCAUAACCAGGCCCCUGUCUGCCGAAGAGGGCGCGUUCCCUCUGGCGUACAUCAUCACUGUCCCUAAGGAGCUGGCCACCUUUGUGCAGCUGCUCAGGGCGACGUACGCCCCCCAGAACAUUUACUGCGUUCACCUUGAUGAAGAGGCCCCAGAGCAGCACAGGACCGCUGUGCGAACGCUUGCCGACUGCUUUGAGAACAUGUUGAUUUCAUCUGCGAGAGAGGAGGCAGCUGACGCUGGCUUCACAAGACUACAGGCAGAUAUUAACUGUAUGAAAGAUCUAGUCCAUCCCAGAUUUCAGUGGAACUAUGUCAUUAAUCUCUGCGGACAGGAUUUUCCAAUUAAAACCAACAAAGAAAUCAUACACUACCUCAAAAGCAAAUGGAAUGAUAAAAAUAUCACUCCUGGGUCAACCCAGCCACCAAACAUUAAAUCUAAGACAAGUCCAAGUCACCCCAAAUCUAGCCCUGAAGAAUACAUCCAUGUGUCUCCAAAUAAUAGGUUCAGAGCCAAGCCACCCCAUAACCUAACAGUUUAUUCUGGAAGCGCUUACUUUGCACUUACGAGAAAGUUUGUAGAGUUCAUACUGACUGACAUCCGUGCAAAAGACUUGCUUCAGUGGUCCAAACACAUCGACAGUCCAGAGCAACACUACUGGGUGACCCUGAACCGGCUAACAGAUGCUCCAGGUGCCACUGCGAGUGCUGGCUGGGAAGGACACAUCCGAGCUAUUAAAUGGAGAAAUGAGGAAGGAAGCGUUCAUGACGGAUGCAAAGGUCACUAUGCGCAGGACACCUGUGUGUACGGACCAGGAGACCUGCCGUGGAUCAUUCAGUCGCCGUCUCUAUUUGCUCACAAAUUCGAGGCCUCGGCAGACCCGCUCGUGGUCACGUGCCUGGAGAGGCGGCACAGACUCAAGGUUCUACGGCAGGCAGAAGUCCCCGUGGAGCCGCACUGGCACUUCCAAGAGGAGAGUCCUUUCAACAUGAGGCUGGACUGCUAG